AUGGGGAGAAUCGCCACGAAAAUGCCCAAUUUCUGCUUGAACAGAAUACGGCCGCUAAUUAGGGUUCGGUCGUCGUCGUCGCCGUCGCAAUCCAGGCAUUGUCAGAACUCAAUAGCCAACAACGCCGGCGAUGGAGAUGGAGAUGGAGAUGAUAGAGAGAAAGACGGCGGCGAGAAAUCCGGCGGCCGGAGAAUCAUGAUCGUCGUGGAUUCGAGCGUCGAAGCUAAGAAUGCUGUGCAGUGGGCGCUCAGCCACACCGUUCAGAAUCACGACGUUGUCAUUCUGCUCCAUGUCCUCAAGCCUUCUGCAUCCAAACAAGGGGAUAAAGAUUUGAAAAUUCCCGAAUUUCUAACGUGCAUCAAAACUUCCUGCAAGAUUAAAAGGCCAGAGGUGGAGGUGGAGGAACUGGUGGUGGCCGGGAAAGAUAAGGGUCCGGCGAUCGUGGAGGCGGCGAAGGCGAAGGAGGCGGCGCUGCUGGUGGUGGGGCAGAAGAAGAUGAGCCUAGCGUGGCGGCUGAUGUUGAUGUGGGCUGGCGGCGGUGGCGGCGGUCGGGCGGCGGUGGCCGGAGGGGUGGCGGAAUACUGUGUCCAAAAUGCUACUUGUAUGGCCAUUGCAGUGAGGAGGAAGAGCAAGAAAGUUGGAGGGUAUCUCAUCACCACUAAAAGGCAGAAGGAUUUCUGGCUAUUGGCUUGA